GAUUUUUAUAAAGGUAAUUUCAUUAUUAUUUUUGAGGUUUGUAGUUUUUAUUUUGAAGUUGAUAGUAGUUGAGAAUCUAAACGUAAAUUGAAGAUAAUCUAGAAGGCGCCGACACUGUACCACGUGACACUACAACGUCACUUCUAUAAACAGCCGUAGUAAAGUGGAAUUGAGUUUGGAAACGGCUGUCUCUGAUUCUUCUGUUCAGUGCGAAGUGUCCGCGAGACCCUAGGUAGGGUUUUUACCGUGUGCGCGGUAGUGCAGCCUCGAUUUUCUGCCCUGGAAAGGACUUUCAAUCAAUCGGAAAUUUGAAAACUACAGUUUAAUUUCAAAAAUGGAGCACAUGAAUGGAGACCAGUAUGGUGACGGUUACAUGGAGCCUGAGGAGGAAUGGGAACGGGAAGGAUUACUGGACCCGGCUUGGGAAAAACAACAGAAAAAGACAUUCACAGCAUGGUGCAAUUCGCACCUGCGCAAAGCGGGCACCGCCAUCGACAACAUCGAGGAGGACUUCCGUAAUGGCCUGAAGCUGAUGCUGUUGCUGGAGGUGAUCAGCGGCGAGACGCUGCCAAAGCCUGACCGCGGCAAAAUGCGCUUCCACAAGAUCGCCAACGUCAACAAGGCACUCGAUUUCAUCGCCAGCAAGGGCGUCAAGCUGGUCAGCAUUGGUGCUGAAGAAAUUGUGGACGGUAAUCUGAAGAUGACCCUGGGUAUGAUCUGGACAAUCAUCCUGCGCUUCGCCAUCCAGGACAUCUCGGUGGAGGAGAUGACCGCCAAGGAGGGGCUGCUGCUCUGGUGUCAGCGCAAGACUGCACCCUACAAGAACGUCAACGUACAGAACUUCCAUCUCAGCUUCAAGGACGGUCUGGCGUUCUGCGCACUCAUCCACCGUCACCGGCCCGACCUGAUCGACUACAACAAGCUGUCCAAGGACAACCCCCUCCAAAACCUCAACACCGCCUUCGAUGUCGCCGAAAAGUACCUCGACAUCCCCCGCAUGUUGGACCCCGAAGACUUGAUCAACACACCCAAGCCAGACGAACGUGCCGUCAUGACAUACGUGUCAUGCUACUAUCACGCCUUCCAAGGCGCUCAGCAGGUAAAUUUGCAUUUGUCAAAUAUGACCAAUACCGCUAUGCCUGAUGAACGAGCCAUCAUGACUUACGUGUCUUCCUAUUACCAUUGCUUUUCUGGCGCCCAGAAGGCUGAAACAGCAGCCAACCGAAUCUGCAAAGUGCUGAAAGUGAACCAGGAAAACGAACGACUCAUGGAAGAGUAUGAGCGACUUGCCAGUGAUUUGCUGGAAUGGAUCCGCCGAACGAUGCCGUGGCUACAGAGUCGUCAGACAGACAACUCACUGAGCGGCUGUCAGAAAAAGCUGGAGGAAUACCGCACCUACAGACGCAAGCACAAGCCACCGCGUGUGGAGCAGAAGGCCAAACUGGAGACCAACUUUAACACUCUACAGACUAAACUGCGUCUAUCCAAUCGCCCUGCCUACAUGCCCACUGAGGGCAAGAUGGUUUCUGACAUAGCGAACGCGUGGAAGGGCCUGGAAACGUCAGAGAAGGCUUUCGAGGAGUGGCUUCUUGCCGAAAUGAUGCGUCUUGAGCGAUUGGAGCAUUUGGCCCAGAAAUUCAAGAACAAGGCCGACAUUCAGGAGGAAUGGACACAGGGCAAAGAGGAGAUGCUGCAGAGCGCUGACUUCAGGCAGUGCAAGCUGAAUGAGCUGAAGGCGCUGAAGAAGAAACACGAGGCGUUCGAGUCGGACCUUGCCGCACAUCAGGACAGAGUCGAACAGAUUGCCGCCAUUGCGCAGGAGUUGAACACCCUGGAAUACCACGACAGUAUCAGUGUGAACGCGCGUUGCCAGCGCAUCUGUGACCAGUGGGACAGGCUGGGCAAUCUGACGCAGAAGCGACGUCAGGCGUUGGAUGACGCCGAGAAGAUUCUCGAGAAGAUCGACAUUCUGCAUCUCGAGUUCGCCAAGCGUGCUGCGCCAUUCAACAACUGGCUAGACGGUACCAAGGAGGACCUAGUGGACAUGUUCAUAGUGCACACAAUGGAGGAGAUCCUGGGUCUGCUGGAGGCACAGCGCUCCUUCAAGGUGACCUUGAGUGAGGCCGACAAGGAGUACAACAGCAUUGUCAAUCUGGUGCGAGAGGUCGAGACAACCGUGCAGAAGUACCAGAUCCCAGGUGGUCUAGAGAACCCGUACACUACACUCACAGCUGAUGUGUUGACGAGGAAAUGGAGCGAAGUGCGCACCCUGGUGCCACAACGUGACAACAUCCUGCAGGCCGAGCUGAAGAAGCAGCAGAACAACGAGACGCUGCGUCAUCAGUUCGCUGACAAGGCCAACCAGGUCGGACCCUGGAUCGAGCGCCAGAUGGACGCUGUCACUGCCAUUGGCAUGGGAUUACAGGGAUCGUUGGAAGACCAGUUGCACAGAUUACGCGAGUAUGAACAGGGCGUAUACGCCUACAAGCCUCACAUCGAGGAGCUCGAGAAGAUUCACCAGGCUGUACAGGAGGGAAUGAUCUUCGAGAACAGAUACACGCAAUACACAAUGGAGACACUGCGCGUAGGCUGGGAACAGCUGUUGACGUCGAUCAACCGCAACAUCAACGAAGUCGAGAACCAGAUCUUGACGCGCGACUCCAAGGGAAUCACACAGGAACAGCUCAACGAGUUCCGCACAUCGUUCAACCACUUCGACAAGAACCGAACUGGAAGAUUGGCGCCAGACGAAUUCAAGUCGUGUCUGGUUAGCCUGGGUUACAGCAUCGGCAAGGACAGACAGGGCGAGAUCGACUUCCAGCGCAUUCUGGCGGUGGUCGACCCCAACAACACUGGCUUCGUCCACUUUGACGCCUUCCUCGACUUUAUGACGCGCGAGUCCACUGACACCGACACCGCUGAACAAGUCAUCGACUCGUUCCGCAUACUGGCUGCUGACAAGCCGUACAUCCUGCCUGACGAACUACGUCGUGAACUGCCUCCCGACCAGGCCGAGUACUGCAUUCAGAGGAUGCCUCCCUACAAGGGGCCCAACGCCACCCCGGGGGCACUCGACUACAUGUCAUUCUCCACCGCCCUCUACGGCGAGUCUGACCUCUAGAAACCAGCAAAAACCACCCUUAACCCUGUUACAAUUCAACCUAAUACCGUACUUCGAUUGCUUAUCCCGUUCUAAAAAUCAUCGCAAAACUGACAAGACAAACACAUUCAUUCAAGUCAUUAUUUGUACAUUUUACAUUUUGUACACUUUGUGGGUUUUUACAUUUGUACAUUUUGUACUUUGUACAUUUGUACAUUCUGAACAUUUUACUUUUUGUCUCUUUUUGUUUAGGGCUACUUGCAAUAUAAAUAGAGAUACAAAUCUCAGAGAUUUGUAUCUCUAUUUAUAUUCUACUUUUUGUACACUCUGAACAUUUGUACAUUGUAGUGUAUUUUCAUUCAUUCAUUUUUUGAUUCAAGUAAGAAAAUGAAUGAGAAUGAUGAAGGCAUAUUGUAACGAGCCGUCGGAAACAUCUAACAUACUUAUUUAAAACAAUAGGAUAUAUUUAAAAAGUUGGGAUAUUUAUUUAGUCAUGUAUAAAUGACACUGAUGUAAUAACAUUGGUAGAUAAAAUACGAGGCAAUUCCUCUGUUAUUUUUUUCCAAAUAUAGGUUUGUACAAAUACGUCAAAAUCUGAGUCCAAAAUGAUGAGUACAGAAAGUAGGUUAGGGUAUGUUUCCUUCAUUUGAAUGUUUCAAAUAGGCCUAAAUAGAUAGAUAUAAAAUCGGAAAUGUUGAAAAUAUUUUAAACAAGUAGAGGUUGAGAGACAUAAAUUUUAAACCCUGGAGACGUUACCGUGAGACAAUGUAAGCGAGCUUUGAGGUUACUCUAGUAGCACACUAAAGUGCUCUCAUCAACAAUGAACGAGGAGCUAAUAAAUGUAGAGCAAGAAUAGAAAGACGUGUGAACAUUGAGAUAUGAGCAAUAUUUUGUUACAAAUUAUGUAGCUGGAUAAUCUAGCUGGAGUCCUGGUAGAGUGGAACGUGAAAGAAAAAACUUCAAAGUGUUUUUGAUUUGAUUUCUCAUUCAGCUUUUUUAUUUCUAUCUUCUUUGUGUAUCAGUAACAAUUUAAUUAGAUUUCUCAAACCUUCAAUUAGUUUUUAAGAAACUAAUAAGUAUUAAGAAACUUAAGUGUAUCAGAAACAAUUAAAUUAGAUUUCUCAAACCUUCAAUUAGUUUCUAUUUUAGUUGAACUGAAACUAUUAUUUUAGUUCGAUUAGUUGAAUAAAAAUAAAUUAUGUUCUGUAUUUGUGAUGAUUUUACAACGGGAUAUAGCAUUGAACGAGGUAUGAGUGAGACAUUUAUAUUUUUAUUUAUUCUUCCAAAACUCUACUACUGCCUAGCCUAAUGUCAGUCUUGUAAAAACGUGGGCGGUUGUUCUAUCAAUGUACAAAAAAUACACAAAUACAAAACCCCAGUAAAAUAUUUAUACUAAUUAAUAAAUUAAAAUCGUAGGUUGCUCAAAACACCUAGCCUUGUCUUGUGCAUGCAUUAUCAUAGGGAAAUCACGUCAAGUUGGUUUUACUAGCGUAUAUAUUACAAACUGUAUUUAUCAUCAGAAUAUGUGUAUACAAUAAUUUUUGAAAAAAUAACAAAUUGUAACAAUAUUUAGUAUCUAAUGGAAGAAACAACCAAUGAAAAAAUAAACAUGUACUAUAAUGUGUGUAAUUGUAGAAUAAUUAUUUUUGAAAGUGAAAAGAAAUUUUGUAACCAUUAUUAUAAUAUAAUUAUAUUUAUAGAAAAUUAUAAAUAUAUUAUAUUUAUAGAAAAAUAACAAUAAGACACAUCAUUUUCUGGAAUCUCAGCUAAACUUUAUACUAGAUACUUCCAUAUACUUGACCAGUUUAUACACUUAUACUUCCAAUAGGUAUUUUCUAUUAUGAAAUAUAUAUUAUUUUUAGAACUUAUAAAAAUUCUGUUUUAAUAAUGGUUUAGUAGUCUACUUAACAAAAUUAUUUUUUCUUGAAAUAGUUUUUAAAGCAACUCUACUUUUUGUAACUUUUGAAAAAUGGAGUUGAUUUCAGAAUCAAUGGUAUUAUGUAGUGUUGUUUAUUAACAAUGCAAUAAUAGUUCUAGACUACAUCUGCAUGAAAAAAGAUAAUAAUUUUAAUAAUAAGAUGAUUAUACAUUUUAAUUAUUCAUUCUUUUCCGAAACUUAUACAUUUAUGCUGUGUGUGAAGUUGUUUUGUUUUAAUGUUAAUUUAUUUUAAAGUAUUUAUUUUUUAAGCAUUAAGAUGGUGCCUGCAAUUGAAAGGCCUUCUCUAGGCAGAAAAAUCCGAGGGCUUGAGUGGCUGGUUAUGAUUAUGGAAAGGCCUACUAGAUUAUAAUUGGAGAAGGUUUGUGGAUUGAGUGAAAUGCCAGCCAAAUCGAAACCCAAAUCGAAAGGAACUUAAAACAUCGAGUUCCUUGUUUAAAUGAAUAGCUAGCCGAUAUAUCGAACCCAUCCUGAAUUAGGAUAAAUUUAUUUAUUAUAUAAAUAAUAUAUAUUUGUCUCUUCGAUGAUAAGACAUGAAUAUUUUCAUCAUUAUUGUAAACAAGUUCCUUUUCAAGUUUUUAACAUUUUACAGAAUUAUUGUCAACCAACUCACAAAAAAUUACUCAACCAUGUUUGUACUCAAUCUUUUCGAGUUUCAUAAACCUUUAAUCUUGAAUGUGUGCUAUUUAAAAAAAUUGAAAAUCCUAUAGUUACCUCAAACCUCUUUCUAAGAAGACCAUCGAAAUCCGUAUCAAUACAGUUUCAAAGACAUUCUUGUUGAAUUCUCUCAUAAACAUGUAACCGAGUUGAAGCUAUUCAUAUUAUUGUGUGUAUUCAUCUGUAUUUGUGAUUAUUUUGUUUACAUAUUGGCUAAACUAUUUCAAUAGAAUUUUAAUCUGAUUUUUCUCUUACAUUAAUAUUGUAACAAUUUUUACAAUAUCUAGUCAUUGUGGUUUUGGUUAUGUACAGUAAUCAUCUAAAUGCAAAUAAAUGGAACUUGGUACAGUA